AUGGCGUCCCGUCUUCUUGUCUCUGGCCUCCCCCGGUCCCUCCCUCCCCUUCCUCCGGGGCCUGCCCCCACCUGCGUUCCCUGCGUCGAGGGGCGGCAGCGCGCUGCUCCUCACUCCUCCGAGUUUCCUCCGACAGAGGCUCCGCUGCAGACGCUUCACAUGGACGUGUGGGGCCCAGCCCGCGUCCGUGGACAGGGUCACGAGCGUUACUUCCUGCUGGUGGUUGACGACUACUCGCGUUACACCGCAGUCUUCCCCUUGCGCAGCAAGGGUGAGGUCACUGAGGUGGUGAUCGCCUGGAUCCGCGCAGCUCGUCUCCAGCUCCGGGAGAGUUUCGGCUCGGACUUUCCUGUUCUGCGUCUGCACUCCGACAGAGGCGGAGAGUUCUCCUCUGACCUUCUGCGGGCCUUCUGUCGUGCACGAGGCAUCCGCCAGACCUUCACGCUUCCGGACUCCCCGCAGCAGAAUGGGAUUGCUGAGCGCCGCAUUGGCAUGAUCAUGGACGUCGCUCGUACGUCCAUGAUCCAUGCGGCUGCUCCCCAUUUUCUGUGGCCGUUUGCGGUUCGGUACGCGGCGCAUCAGAUCAACCUUCACCCCCGGGUCUCCAUGCCGGAGACCUCCCCUGCUUUGCUGUGGACGGGGAAGGCUGGCGAUGCGUCUGCGUUCCGUGUCUGGGGAUCUAGGGCGUUUGUCCGCGACUUGUCUGCGGACAAGCUGUCCUCUCGUGCUGUUCCCUGCGUCUUCCUUGGCUUCCCUCCUGACGCGCCUGGCUGGCAGUUCUACCACCCCACCUCGCGCCGUGUUCUGUCCUCCCAGGACGUCACCUUUGACGAGUCGGUUCCCUACUACCGUCUCUUCCCCUACCGCACUGCGUCCCUCCCUCCCCCGCCGCUCUUCCUUACGCCAGGUGCCACUGGUGCUACUGGCGUUGGUGCUGCUGGUGCUCCUGGAGUUGGAGCUGCUGCGUCUUCGGGUGGUCCGACUGGAGCUGGGGCUACUGGGGGUGUUGGCGCUGGAGGUGCUGCUGGCGCUGGUGCUGCUGAGGGUGCUGGAGUUGGCGCUGCUGGGGCUGCUGAGGGUGCUGGAGGUCCUCCUGGUGCUGGUGCUCCCGUUGGGGGUACUGGUGCUGUUCCUGCUGGCACUGGUGGAGCUGCGCGGCCGCGGCCGUACUUCGUUCCGCUCCUUGAGCAGGUUCUUGGUCUUCCGUCCUCUCUUGGUCCUGCUCCUCCCUUAGCGUGUCCGCCUCCUGUCCAGUCCGAGUCGCAGUUACCGCCGGCCUCCCCGCUUCCUUCUCCCUCUCCCUACACUGGUCCUACUGGAGGUCUUGCUGAGCGUCGUGAGCCUGCGUCUCGCCCUGCGUCGCCUGUCCGUGCUGCUCGCACUAGUGGUCGUGGUUCGCGUCAGCGUCCUCCUCCUGUCCCCGGCACGCACCGGAUAUCUCUGUGUCCCUCCAUUGCUCCCCUGCGUGCCCCUUUGCCUUCUCCUCCCGCGUCCUCUCUUCCUGACCUUCCUGACCCUGAGUCGGACUCCCUUCGUGCUGCGCGUCCUACUGUCACGCGUCUCCUUGCUACUGUCGUCACUGACCCUUUCUUUGAGUCUACUGCUGCGUCUGCUCUAGUUGCUGAGCUUGUUGACUUCGCUGCUCGCUGUCGCCUAGACUACGCUGCCAGUCUCGUCGCUGAGUCUGAGUCUGUCUAUCCUCCGUCCGUCGGGGGUGAGUGUGCUCUUGGCACGGACGUCCUUGAGGACAGGCAGGAGGAGUUCCAGUGCUUGGCUGCUGCUUCACCUCAUCUCGUGUCCAUGCUGCUUGCCCCUGAGGGAGACCCGGAUGCACUUGACAUCCCGACUCCGCGCUCUUACGCGGAGGCGAUAGAGGGUCCCUACUCCUCUCAGUGGCAGGCAGCCAUGGACGCAGAGAUGGCUUCGUGGAAGUCCACAGGCACCUACGUUGACGAGGUUCCCCCGCCUGGGGCGAACAUUGUCAGUGGCAUGUGGAUUUUCAGGGUGAAGCGGCCGCCGGGUUCUCCGCCUGUCUUCAAGGCGCGUUACGUGGCUCGUGGCUUCAGUCAGCGACAGGGAGUUGACUACUUUCAGACCUUCUCUCCCACCCCGAAGAUGACCACUCUUUGGGUACUGCUGCACAUAGCCGCUCACCGAGACUACGAGCUGCACUCUCUUGACUUCAGCACUGCUUUCUUGCAGGGCAGCCUGCACGAGGAGAUCUGGCUGCGCCGCCCACCUGGCUUCACUGGGACUUUUCCUCCUGGCACCCAGUGGAGCCUCCGGCGGCCAGUCUACGGUCUCCGUCAGGCGCCUCGUGAGUGGCACGACACACUGAGGACUACACUUGCGGCUCUUGGGUUUGCUCCUUCUACUGCCGACCCGUCGCUGUUUCUGCGCACCGACUCUUCCUUGCCGCCGUUCUACAUCCUCGUGUACGUCGACGACUUGGUCUUUGCUACAGCUGACACUGCUGGACUUGCCUACGUGAAGUCCGAGCUGCAGAAGAGACACACGUGCACACACCUGGGUGAGCUGCGCAGCUACCUUGGCUUGCAGAUCACCCGAGACAGAGCACGGCGCACCAUUACCCUGACUCAGUCACACAUGGUGCAGCAGGUCCUUCAGCGCUUCGGCUUCACGUACUCCUCGCCUCAGGCCACUCCUCUGGCUACACGCCACUCGCUCUCAGCUCUGCCUUCGGAUGAGUCCGUAGAGUCGAGUGGCCCGUACCCAGAGCUUGUCGGCUGCCUCAUGUACCUGAUGACCUGCACUCGACCUGACCUAGCAUAUCCUCUUAGCAUUCUGGCAUGCUAUGUUGCUCCUGAGAGACACAGACCAGAGCACAUGGCUGCAGCGAAGAGGGUGUUGCGCUACUUGUGCAGUACGUCGGGCAUGGGGCUUGUGCUUGGAGGGCAGAGUCCAGUGGUCCUCACUGGUCACGCAGACGCUUCUUGGGCCGACGACCAGGCUACGCAGCGGUCGUCACAGGGUUACACCUUCAGCCUUGGUUCCGGCUCUGUUUCGUGGCGGUCUACCCGCUCGUCUUCUGUUCUCGGCUCCAGCUGUGAGGCUGAGAUCUACGCAGGGGCCAUGGCUGCACAGGAGCUACGCUGGCUCACCUACCUGCUGACUGACCUGGGAGAGCCGCCUCGUUCUCCUCCAGUGCUGUACGUAGACAACAAGGCCAUGCUGGCCUUGUGUCGGGAGCACAGACUGGAGCACAGAACGAAGCACAUCGCUCUCCGCUACUUCCUUGCUCGUGAGCUGCAGCAGCGUGGUCAGCUGCGCCUUGCUUACGUGGCCUCUGAGGCCAACACUGCUGAUAUCUUCACUAAGGCACUCGCGCCUUGUGAUCAUCAGCGCUUCUGUACUCUGUUAGGUCUCGUGCCUACCUUGCCUCACUUGCUUACUUCUUGA